CAUCUCUCUUGAUGAUUUUGAAUUCAAGAGAUGGCUUGGGAGCGGAAGCUUCGGAGAGGUGAGUUACUCAGCCCUAGUUACAAUUAGACCGUUUAUUAGAAUUUUCAGAGAAAUAUAAGCCUCUUACUCUCAUUUCAGGUCUUCCAGGCAAAACAUAAGGACACGGGGAAGAUGCUCGCCAUCAAACGCAUUAACAAGAUUGAGUCGUCUGAGAAGGAUAUGAUCGAAAAGGUUUUCCUGGAGAGAGACAUAUUAAAGAUAGCGAGGGACUCGAGAAACCCUUUCCUUGUGAGCCUAUUCUGCGCUUUCCAGAGCGAGCAUCAAGUCUACUUAGCGAUGGAAUUGGUUGGCGGAGGCACCUUAGAGUACCAUCUCAAACAUGGUGCACUCCCCCAUUCCAAAACUUUGUUCUAUUCUGCAUGCAUUGUCCAAGGGAUCAAGUUCUUACACGACCACGGAAUUGUCCACCGAGAUUUAAAGCCUGACAAUAUUGUUCUAGACAGUGCUGGAUAUGCCAAAGUUACAGAUUUUGGACAAAGCAAAACAGGAAUUGACUGCACAUCUGAAAUGACCGACCAAUAUGGAAAUUCAUUUUAUUGUGCACCUGAAAUUCUCAGAGAAGAAUCUUAUAACAGAACCGUGGAUUGGUGGUCUUUAGGUGUCAUUAUCUAUGAGAUGGCUUUUGGGGAGAUGCCAUUUAAUGGUGAGGAUGAGGAUGAGCUGUGUGAAGCAAUCCUUUAUACCGAACCAGAAUAUCCAAUCCUACCGAAUGACAGAACCGCUUUAAUAAUAAGAAAACUCUUGUACAAAAACCCCAAAUUCCGCCUGGGAUCGGCUAGAAACGAUGGGGAAGAAGUGCAGAAUUUCUGUUACUUUGAGACUAUAGACUGGAAAGCGCUGAUGGACAAGCGGUUGAAGGCGCCAUUCCAGCCCGGCGACAAUUUUGUCGUCGGUAAGCGACGUGGUGGUCGUGUUACAACUCCCUUAUAUUUCAUCCACCCAACUGACCCAACUGUGCAAGCGGCAUUCAGUACAUUUGAUGAGUUGCCAGUAGACAUCCCAUAAAGUGAUACAAUUGUAUAGAAGUAGAAGAUAUGCGCUUGUAGGUGCCGGAAAGAAGAUGCAGGGCUGUCUCGCUUCUGCUCAGACUGUAUGGAAAGCCCAGAAAUAAAAAGGUGAGUGUAGAUCUUUAAAAUGAAAUUAGCAGGGUCAGAUAUACAAUCGCUUUA